UGGGCGUCCUCGUCUAGCGGCCUUGGCCUUUGAGCGACAUGACAGCGAAAUCUCCAGCCGUCUUUCUUUGCCUGCUUCUUUUUCUUGGUUCUUUGGAUUUCUUGGCUGCGGGGAAGUUUGUAUUACCUCUCGUUUAUUUUGUAUUUGUACCCUUCCACAGCCUGUUCCUCCCCCUUCCUUUUUGCUUUCGUGAGUUCUGUCGACCUUCUUUCGCUGGCUGCUAUUUUCUGCUUGACCUGUUUUUUUCAUUGAGCAAUUGCUUUUCCAUCUUUUGCCAAUCAUGAAGAACUCAAUCCUUCUCGUCGCAUUGGCUGCGGUUGCAAGCCCAGCUGCUGCAGAUGAUGUUCUUCUCACCAAGCGCAUGUUUAAGCGUGGAUUAGACACCGUUGGUCAGCAGAACGUCUCCUUCUUCCACAUCAACGAUGUUCACGCCCAUCUCGACCAAUUCGUCAAGUCCGGCUCCGACUGCAAAGAUCCCACCAAGGGCUGCUUCGGCGGCUACGCCCGCAUCAAGACCAAGGUUGACGAACUCCGCAAGAAGAGCCCAAACCACCUAUGGCUCAACGCUGGAGACGAAUUCCAAGGCACCCUCUUCUACUCCUUCUACGGCGGAGAGAAGAUUGCCGAGACCAUCAACGACUUGAAAUUCGAUGUCAUGACUCUUGGCAACCACGAGUGGGAUGGCGGCGACAAGAAGCUCGGCGAGUUCCUCAACAACCUCACUUUUCCCGUCGUCUCGGCCAACGUCAAGAGUCAGGAACCCUACUUUAAUAAGACGGUCAAGAACUACCACAUCUUCGACAAGCAGAAGCUAGCCGUCAUUGGCGCUACAACAGAGACUACACCCUCCAUCUCCAGCGUCGGCAACCGCACUACCUUCCUGGACCCUAUUGCCGAGGUCCAAAAGGCCAUCUACGAGAUUCGUAACACGACAGAUAUUCGCCGAAUCGUCGCUCUCACCCACAUUGGCUACGAUGUGGACCAGAAGCUCGCCAAGGAGACCGAAGGUCUGUCACUCAUCAUUGGCGGCCACUCGCACACUCUGCUAGGCGACAUGGACAAGGCCGAGGGCAAGUAUCCCACGAUUGCCAAGGACAAGGCUGGCAACGAAGUCUUUAUUGUCACUUCUUACCGCUGGGGCGAGUAUCUUGGCAACAUUGACGUCACCUUUGACGAGGACGGCCGAGCCCUUUCGUACCGCGGCGCUCCUAUCCAGAUGAAUAACGAAACCAAGCUCGAGGAGGGCCUCCAGACCAAGAUCACUUCCUGGCGCGGUCCGUUUGAGAAGUUUGCCGCUGAGGUCAUUGGCACUUCCAAGAACGAGCUUGUCCAGUCUACAUGCCAAAAGGAGGACUGCCUCCUCGGCGAGGUCAUGACCGACGCCAUGCUUGCGUACCGCACCAACCUUACCAAGGGUACCAACGAGCCCAAGCCUGACUUUGCCAUCAUCAACGCCGGCGGUAUCCGCGCCACUAUCCCUUCUGGCAAUGUCACCCGCGGCGACAUUAUCACUGCGUUCCCCUUCGGCAAUGCCGUUGUCGAGAUGAAGCUGUCUGGCGCGGAUGUGCAAAAGGUCCUUGAGGGCGCUGUCUCGCGCAUGAACCAGUUCAACAACAAGAAGACAUCCUCGUGGUUCCAGGUCUCCAAGGAGCUCCAUAUUGUCUUUGACGCCAGCAAGCCCGAGGGCAGCAGACUUGUAAAUGUCACUAUUGGCGGCAAGCCUCUGGAUGCCCAGCGAAAGGAGUACCGCGUGGUCACUGUGGACUUUCUUGCUGGCGGUGGUGACAACAUCUUUGUCGCUACCAAGGACUUGGCUCCUCUCGAUGCCCUCGACGAGGUGCUUGUCAAUUAUGUCAAGACCAACAGCCCUAUUACUGCGGAGCUCGACAAGCGCGUUGUCCAGCGUGGCAACAGUACCUCUGAGGCUGGUAGUGGUGGUGGAAAGGAUGACAAGAAGGGUGAUGGCAAGAGUGGCGCAUCUGCUCUCGGUGCUUCAGCUGUUUCAUUGGCCGUCGCUGUGCUUUUGGCCAUUUCUGUAGUAUAAACACUCUUAGUGGACAUGAGUAAAUGGAAACACGCAAUACAAUGUCUUCAAGUUUUGAUCAAAGUAAAAAGGAGCCGCGAGCAGAGAAUUGUUAAAUUUCAAUCACACUGAUUAUCGUUGGUAAUUAAUACAAAUUCAAAAAGCGCUAUCAUAAAUCCAUAUCAAAGUUCGUCUCAAACAGAUUGCCUUAUUAGUACGUGUAUCUGAAGUCGGGAGCAGAGGAGUCCUAUUCAAAUAGAUGGUUAGAACAAGUUACUUUGCGAAGGUAGAUUUUCAUUGGUUUACAUACCUCGUGAGCCUCGAGAAUCUUCUCUCCGCGGUCGGCCUUCUUGUUCUGGAAGUAAAAGGCCGUGUCGCAGAUGAGGACCAGCAGGACAUUGAGCAAGCAGCAGGCAAUGCAGGCGUACAUGCCAGGCUUGUAUCCGGUCUUUGCAUCCUCGGUGCGGAAGACGAGCGAGCCGGCAAUACCGCCAAUACCGCCAAAGCCGACAAGAGUAGCGCUGCAGAAAGCACGCUUCCACUGGCCGCGGACGUUGUUGGCCUGGAAGGACAUGACGGUGGGCACGUUGGAGUUGGCUCCCGCUGUGACAAGGAAGACACCAAAGUAGCGGACAGCGGGGUUAGGGUGCCAUCCCAUGAUGGGCAGGCCAAUCAGGCAGAGAAGCAUGUUGAAGAGGAUGAUGGGGCCGCGAACGUGGUACUUGUCUCCAAGGUAGCCGCAGAUGAACAUGAUGAUGCCGGCGAAUGCGUAUGGCGGGGCUACGAGGCACUGGGCCUUGUCGACAGAGAAGCCAAGGUUGCCGCGGAGAAUGAGGGGCAGGGUGUAAGCCAGGGCGUAGGAGAUGGUGGUGGUGUUGAAGAAGAUCAUGGCGUAGGCCCAGAUCUUCCAGUCGGCGCCGCCCUUGAGGAAGCUGGAGAGAUGGAACUUGGGGAUGACGGUGUCGCCACGGUCACGCUGGAUGCGGUCGACGACCCACUGGCGCUCGCGCUGCCCAAGAAAGCUCCAUGUCUUGCGCUUGGAGUCGGGGAAGUCCACGAGUAGCCAGUAGGCAGCAAUGCCGAGGACGCAGGUGAUGAGGCCCUGGACGAGGAAGAUCCAGCGCCAGCCAGUGAGACCGGCCUUGCCGUUGAGCUGCAUGAGGCCGUACGCAAGAAUACCGGAGAAGGCUGAGGCGACGCAGCCAAUGAUGUAGAAGACGGAGUAUCGCUUUCCUACCUCGUCUAUAUAAGGAAAUGUGCGUGUCAGUGAACGGCCUGCUAUUGCUUAAAAGGUCCGUGGAACUUACAGCGAGUGUACCAGGUGCUAAGCAGGUAGACACAGCUGGGGAAGAAACCAGCCUCCAGAACACCAAGGAGAGCACGCAGACCAGUCAAUGCGUUGUGGUCCUUGACAAAGCCCAUGGAGAGUGUGACGGCGCCCCAGAAGAGCGUGAUGGCGGAGAGAUGUAUACGGGGGCCGAUGGCUCGAAUGAGGACGGUGGAGGGAGGCUGGAAGAUGAUGUAGGUGAUGAAGAAGACGAGGUUGGCGACG